UAGUGUAUAUAUCUCUCUAUAUAUAUAUCUCCACGAAAACAAAUUUAGGGUUAGGGUUUCAUAGAGCGGCUUCUCUCUCUCGCUUACUCGAGCUAGCAUCGUCUGUCACAGGCCAGGAACAUCUACUUUCAGCAACCAUGGGAAAGACACGUGGAAUGGGAGCUGGGCGUAAGCUGAAGUCCCACCGUAGAAGGCAAAGGUGGGCUGACAAGGCUUAUAAAAAGUCCCAUCUUGGAAAUGAAUGGAAGAAGCCAUUUGCUGGGUCUUCGCAUGCAAAAGGCAUUGUCCUAGAAAAGAUUGGUAUUGAGGCUAAGCAGCCGAACUCUGCCAUCAGAAAAUGUGCUCGUGUGCAGCUGAUUAAGAAUGGGAAGAAGAUCGCUGCAUUUGUACCCAAUGAUGGUUGCUUAAACUAUAUUGAGGAGAAUGAUGAAGUGCUGAUUGCAGGGUUUGGACGGAAGGGGCAUGCUGUCGGAGAUAUUCCUGGGGUCAGAUUCAAGGUUGUUAAGGUAUCCGGAGUGUCCCUUCUUGCUCUCUUCAAAGAGAAAAAGGAGAAGCCCAGGUCUUAGGUUUUGUUGGGAAAGCUUAUCUUUACCUCUUGAUUUGCUAUGCCAUAUUGAUUUCUUUUUCCUUGACUAUUAUGUCAUCUUGAUGGAGAUGUUGCACUUCUACAUAGUGCUUUUGGUAGACAAUUACAAAGAGUGAUUUUGGCACACAAAUAUCAUUUCAUUUCGGUUGCUUUAAAA